CCAUUUUGAAUCGCCGUAUUAUCUGCCCUUUGAAAAAUCCAAUAUUUUCCGGAUUUUAACAAAGGCAGGAGUUAGCUCCCUUCCCGUAUGUUUUUGUUGUGCAAUAAAACUACCUAUUUAAGCCAUGGCGAUUUCGGCUUUGUUCAUUUUCAUUCUGAUUCACAAUGCCAACCAAAGAAUUAACAAAGAGGAAAAGAGAAGAAACUGUGAAGGCUGAAGCAAGGAACUGUCAUCGACUCCUGGAUUUCUUCGCGCAAAACAGGCCCGAUGUAGAAGAUUCCGAACUUGUAAGCUAUGACAUUGACAAGCGGUUGUCAUCCAGUGACCCAGCUCCUCAAACAAUUCAGAAGAAGAAAGAUGCAGGUCACAAGCUUGUCUUCGAUACCAAGUGGAAACAAGGUCGCCCCUGGCUAAAAUACGUUGAGGAUGCAAACGAGGAAGGUGAAACAAGCUGCAUGAUGUUUUGUUCUGUUUGCACUAAGUGGAAUAUGAAAGGACGAAAUGGAUCCAUGGUUUGGACACUAGUCGGAUGUCAAACCGUGAGACUGGACAAAAUUACUUUGCAUGAGAACUCACACAUGCACCAGGUCAAGGAACUCUUUGCUGAGGAAGCUGACACCUGUUCACCAUCCACCAUCCUGAAGACUCUAAGAAGCCUCAAGCCCCAACUGGGAGACCUCUACCCAAACAAUGUGAAGCUCCUGAGUAUCCAUGCUACUGUGAUCCUUUCUGCAUCAGAGGUUGAGAGAGUCUUCUCCAGGGUGAAACUCAUUGUGACAGACCAUAGGAACAGGCUGAAAGUAAAUAACUGCACCAAGCUACUUAUGGUCAGCAUGAAUGCUAAGUCUUCUACUGACAUUGACUUGAGGAAGUGUGUGGCCAAGUUCUUGGCACGAAAGAUAAGGAGAAUAUGAACGAAUAAUUUUAUGAACUUGCAUCAAAUGAUGUCAGCCAAAGUAAAUUACUGAACCCUUAA